AUGGAGGAAUCCCUAUCUCUCGAAGAAACCAACAAGCUCCGAAUAUCUCUCGGUCUCAAACCCUUAAAGGUUGACACCGAGUCUAAACCCUCUGGUGGCGCUAUAGGCGAGAAAACCUAUGACAACUCGGUUGAAGGUCAUGAACGACGGGCUGUCGACAACUGGAAGCAGCACGAAACUGAAAUCCAAAAAGAGGCUACACGGAAAGCUAAACUUGAUGGCAUUAAGAAAGCGCGUGAUGUUGCAAAAAGGUUCGCGCAGCUUGAGGGCAAAGGGUUAGGGGAAGAAGAGGAAAACGAGGAAGAUACAACGACGUGGGUUAAAAAAAUGAAGAGGCGACAGAAGAAGUUGGCAGAAAGGAUGGCCAAGGAUAAGGAAGAGGAGGAAGAAAGAGCUCUCAGAGAGCAUAAAGAGUAUACUGCAGAUCAAUUGGCAGGUGUUAGAGUUGGCCAUGAUCUGGAUGAGUUACAUGAAGGCGAAGAAGGCACAAUCUUGACGCUCAAAGAUACCACCAUAGAAGAAAACGAAGAGGACGGCGACGAACUUGUAUCCACCGAACUGGCCGAGAGGGAAAGGCUCAACGAGAGAAUGGAACUGAAGAAAAAGAAGCCAGUUUACAACGCCUAUGACGAUGACGAAAAUGGAGAAAGAAGUGUUUUGGCACAAUAUGAUGAAGAAAUUGAUGGGAAAAAGAAAAAGAGUGAUCGAGAAACUCAAGGCAAAACCUAUCAAAAUUACUUUAGAUCUUCCAAAACCCGAAGUCGUCUCUGA